AUGACUGGGGUACUUGAGAAUACAUCAGGCCACUCCAGCCCCGAUAGCUCGGAGGUGGAGGUGGCAGACAAGAAUGGGACCCAUGUGCUGUUCAACGAGCAAACAAAUUAUGUACCCAAACGCACCAUUAUCACCAUAUUUUUGGCCUGCUCCAGCGUCGAUCUGAUCGCUCUGAUGGACCAGACAAUGCUAGCGUCGUCUCUUUCGAUUAUUGGGAAUGCGUUAGGUGCCAGUGAUCAGACAUCUUGGAUCUCUGGUGGUUACUUUGUAACAUCAACCUGUUUCCAGCUCCUCUAUGGCAAACUUUCCGAUAUUUGGUCGCGAAAGAUAGUCUUGUUCGCCGGUCUUGCCGUCUUCUUCAUCGGCUCGCUAGCGGCCUCACUCUCCCAGACAGUCACCCAGCUAAUUGUCUUCCGGGCAUUGACGGGCGUUGGUGGUGGUGGGCUGAUGACGGUUGCGCAGAUGAUCGUGAGUGACGUCGUUCCUCUGCGUGAACGAGGUAAAUAUCAAGGCAUCCUAGGCGCCGUGGUUGCCAUUGCGAAUGGCAUUGGCCCCGUUAUCGGCGGUGCACUGGCAUCAAUCUCGGAGGACUCAUGGCGAUGGAUCUUCCGGUUAAACUUGCCAUUGACAGCAUUGACGACGCUAUGUGUACUCUUCUUCAUGCCUUUGAGGAAGGUUGAGGGUGACUGGCGGCUUAAGCUGAAGGCAGUAGACUUCUUUGGUGCGCUACUAGCCCUGGGAGGUACUUCAGUGUUCCUCCUGGGACUAAAUUGGGGAGGUGGUGAGUACGAGUGGUACUCGGCACAUGUCAUUGCGACUUUAGUCGUGGGGUUCGUCAUCUCAGGUGUAUUUGUUGCAUGGCAAUGGAAGGGUGCAAAAGUACCGUUGGUACCGAUGCACAUAUUCAGCAGCCGAAUUGUCAACGGGUCAUGCUUGACGAUGUUCGUUAAUGGAUGGAACUUCUUGGUCCAGGUGUACUAUAUCCCUACCUUCUAUCAGCUGGUCUUUGGAUAUUCCACAGUCGUCUCGGGAGCUAUGUUGCUUCCAAUUACGUUGAUGCAAACCGUUAGUAGUACACUCUCUGGACUUGUUGUCCACUGGGUCGGCCAUUAUCGCGAAUGUAUUCUAUUCGGCUGGAUAAUCUGGGCAGUUGGCCUCGGGCUCUUCUCUACACUGGAUGAGUCCUCCGGAAUUGGGAAGCAAAUCGGAUACGGUCUUCUGACAGGUGUUGGUGUUGGAAAUACCUUGCAGCCGUCUCUUAUUGCAGUUCAGGCAGGCGUUGAGCGCCGAGACAUGGCUGUUGUCACUUCCUUCCGAAACUUUGUCCGAAACCUGGGCGGCACGUUAGGCCUUGCAAUUGCUGGAACCAUUAUUAACAACAUCGUUGCAUCGUCCAUCUCGGAUCUCGAUCUCGAUCAAUCUGAGUCCCGGUCACUUUUAUCAAGCCCUCAGACCUACUUGUCCGGGCUUUCGGAUAAUGAUGCCAAACAUGUCAGAAGCGUGUUGAUUCCUGCUUACAAAAAGGGCUUUCGUAUCAUAUUCAUUAUUGGGGCUUCAUUAGCUGCAUUGGCAUUCUUUUUGGCGUUCUGGCUCAUGCCACAGGUUGGGUUGCGGCGUGACGAUGACGAGAAACUGAAGGAGGAAGGAAAGAAGCGGAUCAACGGAGAGCUUGACGAGGAGAAGAGCAGUUGA